AUGACUGAAAAUGAUUUUCGAAAUAAAACUGUAUGUGUAACAGGCGCUGGACGAGGUAUUGGUAACUCAUUGGCCUUACGACUUGCUCAACUUGGUGCUAAAGUAAUUGCUAUUAGUAAAACUGAUAAAAAUUUGAAUGAACUUGCUGCACAAAAUAACAAUAUUAUUCCAGUAUGUGUUGAUUUAAGUGAUUGGAAAGCAACAAAAGAAGCGAUUAAAUCACAUCUUCCAAUUCAAUUAUUAGUAAAUAAUGCUGCCAUCUCUAUUCUUGAUUCAUUUCUAGAAAUCAAACCAGACGAUUUCAAUACAGUAUUUAAUGUCAAUGUUCGUUCAAUUAUUUGUAUUAGUCAGGAAAUUGCACGUGAUUUAAUUGAACGUAAAUUACCAGGCUCAAUUGUUAAUGUAUCAAGUCUAGCAGCAGCAGCAGCAUUGAAAGAUCAUAGUAUUUAUUGUUCAUCAAAAGCUGCAGUUGAUAGUUUAACACGUGUUAUGGCAUUGGAAUUGGGUCCUCAUCAAAUUCGAGUUAAUAGUGUACAACCAACAGUUGUUUUAACAGAUAUGGGUCGAAUGGCUUGGUCUGAUGAAAAGAAGGCAGCAGGAAUGUUAUCGAGAAUUCCACUAAAUAGAUUUGCUGAAGUGGAAGAUGUUGUUGAGCCAAUUAUAUUUUUACUUUCGAAUAAAUCUCAAAUGAUUAAUGGCACUUGUUUACCUAUAGAUGGUGGAUAUUUGGCAACAUAA